AUGGAUGUACCAGAGGGGAAUGGAAACCCUUUGGGACAUGGACUCGGUCGAGCUAGGCAAACUCGACCGAUUGGUCAAGGAGAUGCUCCAAACCGCCACCAACAGAGACAAGGGAUUGUUCCACCACCAGUGCAGAACCACAACUUUGAGAUCAAGCUGGGAAUGAUCAACCUUGUCCAGAACAAGAUGUUCCAUGGAUUGCCAAGUGAAGACCCCAUUGACCACCUUGAUGAGUUUGAUAGGCUUUGUGAUUUGACAAAGAUCAAUGGUGUCUCUGAAGAUGCCAUCAAGCUGAGACUCUUUCCUAUGUCUCUAGCUGACAAAGCUCACCAAUGGGAGAAGAGCUUGCCCCAUGGCACAAUCACCACUUGGGAUGAAUGCAAGAAGGCCUUUCUUGCUAAGUUUUUCUCCACCGGUCGCACAGCCAAGCUUAGAGGAGAGAUAUCCAGCUUCAUCCAGCGAAACAAUGAGACAUUCGCAGAGGCUUGGGAGAGGUUCAAAGGCUACACAAGUCAGUGCCCACACCAUGGAUUCAACAAUGAAUCACUACUCUCCACUCUUUAUAGAGGAUGCUUGCCUAGGUAUAGGGAGAUGCUAGACACAGCUAGCAAUGGGAACUUCCUCAACCAGGAUGUAGAUGAUGGCUGGCAACUUGUGGAGAACAUAGCUAACUCAAAUGGAAGCUAUGGAGAAGAGUAUGAUCGCACCAACCGGAGCUCGACCCACCACUCGAUCGAGUCAGACGAAAAGUUGAGAAAAGAUGUUAAGGCAUUGAAUGAGAAGUUGGAUAAGCUGAUCCUAGCUCAGUCCACAAUGAAGAAAGUCAACUUUGUGUCUGCUGAGGAGAUGGAACCAGUCCAAGAAGGGGAGGAUACACAAUUUGCUGAGGUGUGCUACAUGAGCAAUGGGCAAGGAGGUUACAACAAAGGAUACUAUAACUACAAGUCCAACCCUGCCAUGUCAUACCGCAACACUGAUGUUGCUAACCCUCAGGACCAAGUAUAUCCUCAACAACAAGCAGCUCGAUCGAGUCAAGGCCACAACAUGGGCUUUCCCCACCAACCGCCCCAGCCUGCACCUUCACAAGAGAAUGAGCUCAAAGCAAUGCUAAAGCAACUACUUCAAGGGCAAGCUGAUGGGGUAGUGGACACAAGCAAGAAGCUAGCUGAAAUAAACUCUAAGAUCGAGAACCUCAACACAAGGGUUUACUCUCUGGAGAAUCAUGCUUCUUCUGUUGCUGCUGCUACAAAGCAAGGACAACUACCUGGUAAAGCUAUUCAGAACCCCAAGGAACAGUGCAAGGUCAUCUUCACUCAAGAAGGACUUGUUGAAGAAGAGGAUCAAGAAAGGGUCAUUGAAGAUUUUUGUUUACUGCUGAAUGAUGAAGAGAUUGUUGCUGCUGAGGCUCCUGGAGUCCAGAUUGAUCAACCAGAAGUGCAUGCACCUACUGUGGCCAUUCACACUUCACCAGUUGAGCUCGCACGACAAGCUCGAUCGGCAGCUCGAUCGAGUCCAACUCUAGCUCGAUCGAGUCCGACCUCUUCUGUCCGACAGCCUGUUUUGCUUGAUCCUUAUCAACCAGUUGCCGCUUCCUCGUCUCGCCUACUUAGUCAAGGUCACAAGGAAGUGAUUCACAAGUUCAGAAGAGAUCUCAGUGGGAUUGGAAUUGAGUUGCCUCUAUGGAUAGCAUGA